AUGUUCACAAACAUCAGCGGAGAGUCGGUAAAGGUAGUGCACUCUCACUAUAACGAGCUACAACAGGAGAAAGAGCAUCAGCGACGCUUCGCAGAAUUUGCUGCACGUUCAGGAGUUCGCUUGUCAACAAUGGACGCGGUCCAAGGAUGCGAAAAAGAGGUAGUUGUGAUACUAACCAGCAAGACCAACUUUGAUCCUAAGGGAGCCGAAUUCCUCGACGACAGAAGGCGAAUAAACGCCUCACUGGAGCAAUUACCCUUCUGGGGAAAGGUCCUGCAAUGGUCCAACGAUCCCAACGCCGUUAUUCCUUCUACCAGCCAGCCUAGGACAUUCAAGAAAAGGUGAGU